ACUUCAAUUCAAGCGUUUUCAAAACCUUGAUUUUACCGGGAACUUUGCAUUUGUUGUUCUUUCAAGCUGGAAAAAUGAGUUUGUGGGUAGAUAAACACAGGCCAUCUUCUCUAAAUAAGCUAGACUACCAUAAAGAUCAAGCCACUCUACUUAAAAAGCUAGUUCAUGGAGGAGAUUUUCCACAUCUAAUGGUGUAUGGACCGUCAGGGGCAGGUAAGAAGACUCGCAUCAUGUGUCUAUUGAGGGAGCUCUAUGGAUCAGGAGUGGAAAAACUACGUAUUGAGCAAAACAAUUUCACUACACCUUCCAACAAAAAGAUCGAAAUCUCUACCAUCUCCAGCAAUUAUCACAUUGAAGUCAACCCAAGUGAUGUGGGAAUCCAAGACAGGGUUGUUAUUCAAGAAUUGAUCAAAACAGUAGCUCAAACAAACAACUUGGAUUCCUCACAAAGAGACUUCAAAGUGGUCAUCCUUACUGAAGUAGAUAAGCUAACGAAGGAUGCUCAACAUGCUCUCCGUCGCACAAUGGAGAAAUACAUGGCAACUUGCAGGCUGAUUCUGUGCUGCAUCUCAACAAGUAAAGUCAUCCCAGCCAUCCGCAGUAGGUGUCUCGGGGUCAGGGUCUCAGCACCUACCAUCGAUCAGAUAACGCAGAUUCUCCAGACAGUUUGUAAGAAAGAAGGAUGUCCAAUACCUAUAGAGUUAGCUAAAAGGGUGGCCGAGAAAAGCAAACGGAAUCUCAGAAGAGCAUUGCUUAUGGCAGAAGCUUGUAAAGUUCAACAGACUCCAUUAAAAUCGGAUCAAGAGGUUUCAGAGCCAGACUGGGAAGUGUAUCUCCAGGAAACAGCUAACAUGAUUAUCCAACAGCAAUCUCCACGACGACUGCUGGAGGUCAGAGGUCGUUUAUAUGAACUUCUGACCCAUUGUAUACCAGCAGAGAUCAUUAUGAAGGGAUUGUUACAAGAAUUGGUCAAUAACUGUGAUGGAGAACUGAAAACAGAAGUUGUACAAUCGGCAGCAUUUUUCCAACAUCGACUCCAACUUGGACAGAAGGCUAUCUAUCAUCUGGAGGCCUUUGUGGCAAAGUUCAUGGCCAUUUACAAAAGAUUCAUGGAAGAAAGCAUUGCAGAUCUCUUCUAACAAAUGUAGGGAUAUUCUGAAUGUUCUGAAGAGACCGGUAACAUGACUUGUUGAAUGUUAUAAAGCUGUGAGAGUUGCAAGAUAUAUUGAAUAGCAAUCAAAUAAAAUAGGCAUUCAUCUUUA